CCGUCAUCUGACCGUUUUCUAUCCUUGCAGGUCAAAGCCGCCUUAACUCGCGCCUACAACAAGUCCUCCCACGUGCUGCCAUAUGCCUGCGCUAGUCAGGCCGGGUCCAGCAGAAAGCGCCAUGUAGCUGCGGUAUUGGACACUGCGGUGUACGCCGACAAGGAGGAGGACGAUGUACAGGCCCUGAUGUCCACGGAUUCUGAAUCUGACAGCGACAUCGCCGAGGCGCAAAGGAUGGCUCGCAAACCCAGCAAAGCCUCUUCAUCUGCAACCUCUACAAAAGAAGCUAAACCACGCCAAAAGAAGACUGCCUCCUCAUCUUCCAAGACGGCCUCCUCGUCUACUGAUGCCCCCGCAAAGCCCCCAGCGAAAAGACGUGCAAAAAAACAACCCACAGACUAA